AUGUUUACAGAUGUGUCGCAAAGCGCAUAUGGUGCUUGCCUUUACGUGCCAAGCGCGGACGUGUAUGGACGAAUCAAGGUCUCGUUACUUAUUGCCAAAAGUAAAGUAGCUCCAUUAAAGCUAACGACGAUCCCUCGGUUGGAGCUCUGCGGGGCUCUGGUAGGAGUGCGCCUCUAUGAGAAGGCUAUUGAUUCACUCCGGGUUCAGGUCAGGCAUACUACUUUUUGGACUGACUCGACGAUUGUGUUAGGCUGGCUUAAAAUGUUGCCUAGUAAAUUACAGCCUUUCGUUCGCAAUCGUACGGUGGAGAUCAUGGAGAAAACCGUGAACUGUACCUGGCGUCAUGUUCCCACUGAUGAAAACCCUGCUAAUCAUAUUUCUCGCGCCGUCGAAGUCGUAAAUUUGCAGGGUCUAGAUCUGUGGUGGUCAGGUCCUCAAUUUCUGCAGCAAGACUGCUCUCAGUGGCCUUCCAAUUCAGGCCGGUACAGCGACUCCAAACUCCCUGAAGUUCGUCCUGAAGUCUCGUUGCACCUUUCAGUUCCACGUGAUGAUUCAUUUAUUGAUUUCAGCCAAUUCUCAAACCUGUCUCGACUAAACCGUGCUGUAGCCUAUGCAUUGAGAUUCAUAAAUUUACAGAACGCUUUGAACUUGAUUAUUAGGAAAGCUCAGUCUGAUUCGUUUGUCGAAUACAAGCUCCUAACUCAGGGACAUUCGUUAUCUCCUAAAAAUCCCCUCAACAAGUUCAAUGUCUUUCUUGAUGACGCUCAAAUUAUGCGUGUUGGUGGCAAGUUUGGAAACGCGUCGGAGUUUUCGUAUGAGAAAAAAUAUCCUAUAAUCCUACAGUCCACUCACAUUCUCACAAAACUCGUAUUCAAGGCUGAACAUAUUAGGCUUAUGCACGCUGGACCCCAACUAUUAUUAGCUUCUAUAAGAGAAGUCCACUGGCCUAUUGGCGGUCGCAAUUUGGCCAAGACCACUUACCAUAAUUGUAUAAGAUGUAUUCGCAUGCGAGCACAAACAGUUACUCCUCUUAUGGGAAAUUUACCUGUGCACCGCCUCACUCCUGGUCGCCCGUUCGAGUGUGUAGGCAUCGACUACGCUGGACCCAUCUCGUCCGCUAACCGCCUUAGUCGAGGUUGUAGAAUCGUUAAGGUCUACAUCGCGAUUUUUGUAUGUUUCAAAACAAAGGCGAUCCAUAUCGAAUUAGUAGGUGAUUUAACCAGCAAUAGUUUUCUCUCUGCGCUACGCCGGUUUGUAUCGCGGAGAGAAGGUAUUAACUUCCACCUGUGUCCACCUUACUCUCCUCAUUUUGGGGGUCUUUGGGAGGCGGGGGUUAAAUCUAUUAAAUUCCAUAUGCACAGAGUAUUGGGAAAUUGUAAUUUAACUUAUGAGGAAUUGAUCACUGUCCUAACGCAAAUCGAAGCAAUAUUUAAUUCUCGGCCGCUGACUCCACUAUCAAGCGAUCCCGAUGACAUGAUGCCGCUUACUCCUGGGCAUUUUCUCAUUGGCCAGCCCCUUACUGCAAUGCCUGCUGCUGAGUACAAGGACUGCCGGCUAAGCAAUCUCACCAGGUUCCAGCGGUUAGAGCUUAUGCGACAACAUUUUUGGGCCAGAUGGUCAAAGGAAUACAUUAGUGAGCUGCAGCAAAGAACAAAAUGGCGCACCAAUCAGUCAUCGCUGAAGCUUCACAGCCUGGUUGUGGUGAAGGAAGACAAUCUCCCGCCACUUAAAUGUAGACUGGACCACAUAGUAGCUGUCUAUCCAGGGUCCGACGGAGUCAACCGGGUCGCAGACAUUCGUACCUCAAGCGGAGUCAUCAAGAGAUCUUUUAAUAAGAUUUGUCCCCUGAUUGCGGAUUAG